AAUGUUUUUUCUAACUACUCUACUCGAGUCUAUUUAAUAAAAUUAAAACAUUUACCCCAAUUUACGACCAAAAUCGGUUUUACAAGGGAAGGGACCAAUUAAAAUUAGACUACUAAAGUUUGCCAGUUCACCCAACGAUGCGAGACAUUGAGACAUUGAGACCGCUUACCUCGACAUAGUCUACUACUCCAGUAGAGGAUAAAACAUUGCAUAAACUAUUCAAGCAUCUUGCUCUUGUAUGAUGACAUUGUGUCGCGUGGUUUACUCCAGAAAUCUCUACCGGACGAAUUCAAGCCGUUGCAUUCCACGUAAAAACUAAGCAGCACAACAGCCGUAUCUUUGUUCAGCCCUCACUUUUACAAUACUUCUGGGAAAUAUGCCAUGAUGGAACAACAACAACAGCAACACCGGGAGCCGCAGCAAGAUGAGAUCCAAAGGCUAAAGAGAGAAAAGCGUAUCCUCUCUGGGUUGUUACUAGUAGUAGUUCCUCUUGUUGCGUUGCUAGUAGUGUUGCUGCCGUCUACUCGGGAGCUGCUUCCGAGCUCGAGUGACAGUCUUUUGUCAACUCAACGACAGAGAAGAACGCAGGAGGAGCCAGUGUGUGCCUGCCAGGAUGACAAUUUCACCAUUGCCACGAACUCCAGUACCAGACGAACCGUGACUCUAAAUCUUGUAGCGCUGCAUGCGCGGAACAUCUUUUCCAUCGUGGAAGAAUCCGCCCGCGACUUUGAAGCCUACCGAAACGGCAAAGCGGACAACGACGGGAUUGACGUGCAGAUCAAGGUUUCUCCCAGCAUUACCAUGCCCGCCAUGUACAAUGACAUUAUCAAUGACGCCAAGUCGGGCGGGGGCUUUUUUGAUGGUUACUUUACCAAUCCGGUCAUUCUGGGGACCGUGGCUCCGCUGGGGGGAUUUGUCGACCUGGCCCCUCAGAUUCACAGCUCCCAGCAGGCGGACUUGGACUGGACGGACAUUCUCUUGCCAUUUCGUAAGUACGUGGCGCAGUUCGAAGGCAAGAUCUACAUGCUGCCGCUGGAUGGAGACAUUCACAGCAUGUACGUCCGCAAGGAUGUGCUGGAGUACUUUGGGUUGGAUGUGCCACGAACGUGGGAUGAAUACAAUGCGGUGGCAAAGGCAGUGCAUGGCAAGGUCUAUCAAAACAUUACGCUCAGUGGAUCCUGUGUCAGUCGCGUCAUUGGUAGUCAUGGACAGUACUGGAGUCACUUGAUUCUGGCGAGUAUCACUCAGACCGAUGGACCGACUACAGGCAGCAUGUUUGAUACCAAGGACAUGAAACCGCUCACAGGGGAAGCCUUUGUCGAAACGCUCCGCAUUCUGGAACAGCAAGCGCUCUAUGGAGUGGUCACGGAAUUUGACGAUCUCAAUCUACAUGAAGUGCACAGCCAUCACAUGAACGAUGGCACUUGUGCUCUCACGUACAGUUGGGGGGACACUUACAAGUUGCACAGAGCUCAAGGAAGUGUCAUUGGGCCGGGACAAUUGGGGGUCUAUCCCACACCCGGUUCCACCAAGGUGCUUGAUCGAAAGACUAUGAAGCUCAGUCCUUGUACCAAGGAGGUCUGCAAGCAUGGCACUUUCUACGAGGAUAUCGGGUGGGUCAACCACGCUCCGUAUUUGGCGAAUGGAGGCUGGUCCGGGGCAGUCUCAGCGAAUGCCGAACCGGAAAAGCAACGUCUGGUCGCAGAGUUCUUUCUGUUUGCUUGUGCCAAAAACCAAGCGCUGAAGGGGGUCAUUCCGCAAGCGUCCACGCCGUGGUCACAAUUGAACAGCCAGGAUCCCUUCCGAAAGAGUCAACUGGAGGUUGAAAAGUGGGUCGAACAAGGGUACGAUGCUGUCUCGGCAAAAGAAUAUCAGGUGACCGUACUGCAAAGCACCUUGUCCAAGAACUUGGCCGUCGAUAUGCGCACACCGGCAGCUACCGAAAUUAUGGGCAUCUUGGACCAGCUUGUCCAUGAUCAUUUGAUCAAGAUUCGAGACGCGGGCGAGUUUGCUCAGGAAUACCUUGAUUUGCCCCACAGACGAAACCAAGUGACCGAGGCACUUACUGCCAAGUGGGCCGACAUUAUCCAAACAUACGACAAUCGAGGAGAUACAGAGAUCCCCAUCCUGGAAGUUUACCAAAGGCUAAGGGAUGUAUAUAUACCCAAAGAAUCACUCAAUCAACUGACGGGGGUUCGACCACUGGGUUUGGCACUCAUGAUCAUAAUCAUGGUGUCGUCCAUUGCUUGUGUGGCGUGGGUAUUCCUGAAUAGAAGCACUCGAAUUGUCAAAGCAGCUCAACCGUUUUUCUUGGAUCUGAUUGCUGUGGGCGCCAUUGUCAUGAGCUUUUCCAUUCUGACAAUGUCUGUGGAUGAUUCCAUGGCUAGCCAAACGGGUUGCAACAUUGCUUGCAUGGCGACACCUUGGCUGGCUGCCACUGGAUUUACCUUGAUCUUUUCAGCACUGUUCUCAAAAAUUUGGCGCUUGAAACUGAUCAUGGACAAUGCACGCAAAUUCAAAAGGGUAGAACUUACCAUCAAGGAUGUCAUCCUUCCCCUGGUUGUGUUACUGUGCCUGAAUGUGGUGUUUCUAUCCAUUUGGACGGCUGUUGACCCUCUUGUCUUUGUAAGGAUUGAUACGGGACGAACAGACUCUGGAGAGCUGAGUUCAUAUGGCAAAUGCUCACCCACCGGCGGCGUUGUUGCCACUGUGAUGCUUUCAUUCAUAUUGGCCAUCAAUUUGAUCGCGGUGCUCCUAGCCAACUUCAAAGCCUACCAAACACGCAACCUCAGCACAGAUUUCAGCGAGAGCAAAUAUAUUGCGCUUUGCAUGGCUUCCAUUCUGGAGGCAUUGCUCAUUGGUGCACCCUUGGUGGUUUUGGCAGGGAAGAAUCCAACGGCAUCCUUCGUCGUCCAAUCCAUGUUGGUAUUUGUCGUUUGCAUGAGCGUUCUGGGGCUCAUGUUCCUUCCCAAGGUGCUCAACAAGGGAAAGCCACCGGCACCAAUGCGGGCUUCCCAUCUGGAUUCCUCCAAGACCUAUUCGAACACAGUUCAACAGCUCCGAGAAUCCGCGAACCAGUACACGAAUCGUCCGUCGGACUUGUCCAGCAGUCUCAAUGGAUCAGCCAACAACCAGCACAACAAUCCCAGUCGGUAUCCUGAAGGAGUUAAGAGAGCCCCCAGGGGCAUGCAUAUUGCAUCAGUUGUAGACGAUGAUUCGAGCUCUCCUGACAACCUGAUGGAUCCGGAAAUCGCUGACAUUCCAAUUGAUCGGCCCCGACCACGAAACCCGUCGUCGUGUGCCACUCAAGACUUUGACGAGUUUGCCGAAGAGAAGCCCGGUGAACAUGACGGCAAAUAUCCCAGGGGAGUACGAAGGGUGCAUUCCAGUCGAGUGCUGAUCAACUCUUCAUCGGGCAACCUCUUCAUUGUUGAUUCGUGUUCUGACUCGGACAGCUCUAGAGAUGAUAUGACAUUUAAUCCUGAACGUGUACCGGACGACGAGAGCACCCCUUUCACCGAAACGGAAAUGACGAAAUCGGCGGGGCGUUCUGUUGCGCCUCCGGCACCAAGAAAGUCGUUUCCAUGACUCCAUGGUCGGAAAUGAUACUGAAUUCGCAUCAGACGAGAUGGGAUGAUCCAGUGAAGGAUGGAGGGCUACAGGAUGGUAAUAUGGGCGACGCGGUGAGUGAGAAGGAAGUCUGCGGGAUGCCGUGGGUGGGGAGAAUGUGCAAAGCCGUGCAGGAAUAAAAGGCAUCGAAACCGCAGAAAGUGAGAUGCUUGAAUUCUUCACAUAUCAAGCUACUCGUGUGCUGAUAUCCACGUUCGUAAUAGGUAGGGGGGUGAGCGAAUGUUGCUAUUGUGAUGUAGGUACUCAACAGAACUGGUGACGUCAGUUGAAAAAGCAAAAUGCACAUUUUGGGUUCUUCACCUCACAAGAGGUACAGGACCUGCAGCCAGACAAAUUGUAUAGGUUAAUCGGCUCCAGAGAUAAGUUUGGUUCAUUCAUACGACGACUACAGCCUCCUCCGUAGUCUUAGACGACUGAGUCACUCCACACCCAUCCGGUACCCCCUUAGUUGCACUCGAAGACGCAGCGCCAUCGGACACGACCAUGGAAGGAAAAGUCGGCACCAAAGCCUACUAGUACGGGGAACUAUUCAAUGACCCAACCAACAAUCCUUUGGGAAGAGACUUCACAUCGGCCCAAGACUGCUCUUACAAUGGAGAGCCAUCAACAACCCUUCGACCGUGCAGAGCUACACCAAGAGGUUCUAGAUGACGUUAUGGGUCCCAGAAGUGGAGUACUGUAGUAGUCAUGGUAAAGGAGGGGAUCACACGACCGGGAGGGAAAAUACAUGUGCUGCAUGGCUUCUUGUGCCACCCCGGAGACCCUGGAACACCUGCAUGUCCACAGAAUUACAACGACAAGUUGAUGACGACACAAUGCGCGCAGAUCAGUAUGAUAUGAGCUGUCAGCAACAGCAUCACUGCCACUGCCACUGAGGCCAGGUAAAUGAAAAAUCCAAAGGGUUACAUACCCCAGGGCUGGACCGAAGGAUCCUCCCAACUCAAGUGCUAUAUACCAGUGCUAGGAAUGAUCUUUGGACCGGAACACAGCAAUGUCAAAACCUAAAAGGAGUUCUUACUAGAGUGCGAGCAACUGGCACCACAGUUGAGACAAGCAACAAUACCUCUUUAUACCCCCAAACGGUUACAGGAUGGCCCUAGCAAGAGGCCAUCACAUACCGUUUUCAAAUCUAAUUAUUGAACUUAAUCCCUCCAGGGACUUUGUAAUUCCUAAGUUGAGA